AUGGCUAAUUACUCUCGCCCCCACAUCUGUCAGUGUUUGACUCGGCUAGCCUCCGUCAAACAAAACGCCGUCGUUACGAUCUACGGCCACCGGAGGCGCACUGGCCGGGAGUUCGUCGCUGGGGUACUGAGCCUCGCCGAAGGACUGGUUCGGCUCGGUCUCCGAAACGGCGAUGUCGUCUCUAUUGCUGCGCUUAACAGUGAUUUGUUCUUGGAGUGGUUAUUGGCUGUUGCAUUGGUAGGAGGAAUAGUUGCUCCUUUGAAUUACAGAUGGAGCUUAAAAGAAGCAAAAAUGGCAAUGCUGCUAGUAGAACCAGUGCUCUUGGUCACCGAUGAGUCAUGUGUCUCAUGGUGCAUUGAUUUAGUCGAUAUACCUUCCUUGAAAUGGCGUGUGUUAAUGGAGUCUACCUCAACAGAAUUGGCAAAUCAACAUAAUAAAAAAUUUUUGACUACCGAGAUGCUUAAACAGCACACGCUAGUUCCUUCUUUAGCAACCUACGCUUGGGCUCCUAAUGAUGCUGUUGUGAUAUGCUUCACUUCUGGUACAACAGGAAGGCCUAAGGGCGUGACGAUAAGCCACUUGGCGUUUAUCACACAGUCUCUAGCCAAGAUUGCUAUUGUUGGCUACGGUGAGGAUGAUGUUUAUUUGCAUACAUCACCAUUAGUUCAUAUAGGUGGUUUGUCAUCAGCCAUGGCUAUGCUGAUGGUUGGAGCUUGCCAUGUUCUUCUGCCAAAAUUUGACGCUGAAACAGCUCUUCAAGCUAUGGAACGACACAGUGUGACUUGUUUCAUCACAGUCCCAGCUAUGAUGGCUGAUCUAAUUCGUGUCAACAGGACGAAGACAAAUGGAGCUCAAAACAUUGGUGUGAGAAAGAUACUUAAUGGAGCUGGAUCUUUAUCAAGCGAACUCCUAAAAGAAGCUGCACAAAUCUUCCCAAGAGCAAGAAUAAUCUCAGCAUAUGGGAUGACAGAGGCGUGCUCUUCGCUGACCUUCAUGACACUCCAUGAUCCAACACAAGAGUCUUGUAAGGGGAAAUUUCCUUUGGUUAAACGAAUCAAGCAAGGCACGUGUGUUGGGAAGCCAGCGCCUCACAUCGAAGUGAUGGUUAAGCUUGAUGAUAAUAAAUCGAGGUUAGGGAAAAUUCUAACUCGUGGACCACACACAAUGCUUGGAUAUUGGGGUCAUCAAUCAGUUCAAGAAAAGGCUGCAACAUCAGAAACCAGCAGCGAUGGAGCUUGGCUUGAUACAGGUGAUAUUGGAACCGUUGAUGACUUUGGUAACUUAUGGCUCAUAGGUCGGUCCAACGGGCGAAUCAAAACUGGAGGAGAGAAUGUUUACCCUGAAGAGGUAGAAGCUGUUCUGUUGGAGCAUCCUGGGAUUGUGUCUGCAGUGGUGAUAGGUGUCAUAGAUGUUCGUCUUGGGGAAAUGGUGGUUGGUUGUGUUCGUUUACAAGAGAAUUGGAUAUGGUCUGAUGUAGAAGACGAGCAGAACCGAGAUUUCAAACUGUCUAGUGAGGCACUGAAGCGUUUUUGCAGAACACAGAAUCUAACCGGGUUUAAGAUUCCGAAGAGGUUUGUGCAAUGGGAGAAGCAGUUUCCGUUGACAACAACUGGGAAAGUGAAAAGAGAUGAAGUUCGAAGAGAAGUUGCGUCUCGUUUCGAAAUCUUGACUAGCUCUCUCUAA